AUCACAGCAGAAAGGUAGCUGUUAAGAUAGAAUUGUGCAUAUCUGUAUGGUCCCAGAGGACAGCUCCCUUCAUAACCAAAUUAGACAUUUAUUUACCACUUAAGGUGCCAGUAACACAUGUUUGGGUCAGAUUCCUUGGAUCAUUAUCUCAAUUCUUCAAGGGGUUGCGAGCUUCUAAAAGGAAUAGGAUUGCUAUAGUAGAAAUCCCUUCCAUAUCACAGGAUGAUGAACUCAAUUUUCUAUAUGAGACAAAUUUUCAGAUGUGGAUAUUUUCAUGCAUUUUUUAAAAAAUUGUGUUUGUAAGGGUAUGCAGGAGGCACAUGAUAAUUUUUUUUUAAAGAAAUAAGUAUUAGCUAUCUCAAAAAAAAAACAAAAGGUAAUGGGUCUAAACAAAAUCACUUAUGGCUCAGAUAAAUAAGAACACAACUGUGUUAGCAUUCUGAAUAUGACCUCAGAUAAUACAAUAGAAAAAAAUAAAACUGAAAGUGAUCACCAUGGAAAUUUGUUAUGGUUGCAGGCAGUAUAGAUUAUAAAAUAAUUUGCAUGCUUAACAUAUAUGCACCAAAUAACAUAUCUAUGAAAAAAGUAUUGAAAGUGCAGAUAUUGAAAGGAAAAGGGAAAAAUUGAGAAGAGAUAGUUUAUCACAUACUGUAGGGAGAGCAAGCCCAUUCUGAGAUUGUGGAUUCUAGUCUCAGCUACUAUGAUUUGGGUCAAGUCACUUAGCCAUUCUGAGCUGAUAACCUGAGUUCUACACCCAUGAGAAUGAAGGCACUUUUUGUGAUGUUACAGGUUUAUUGGGACAUUCCAGUAUAACUGUGCAUGAAGCUCCAUAGAUAUUGUUAUAGUUGUGAUUUAAACUAAUAGGAUUUAAAAUGAUUGGUUCUACCCAUUUAGGAUUUUCCUCUUUGUGUAUGAAGAGAGAAAAGAUGUGAAUUUUUCUUCUUUUCAUGGAUGGAUAAGGAUAUAAACACACACACACACACACACACAUACCUACACACACAUAUGUCCCUGCAUCACAUCUAUAUUUAUUUUCUUGUUUGUUUUAUUUUUAUUCUUUCUUUUUUUUCUUUUUUUUUUUUGAAGGAGAGCUCAAACUAGGAAUGAAGGAAACUUCAGCAGAAUUAAGCCAUUCUGUGGUCCAAAUUCACCAGCAAAGACUCAUGGGUAAGGGUCCCUGUGACUUUAGUUGGAGAGAAAACAGUGCAUCACAUGAGAAAAUCCAGAUUAGAGAGAGACAUUAUGAAGAUAACCAAGGUGGAAAAAAAUUUAUUAAAAAGGAAAACCUUAUUGUACGUCAAAGGAUCCACACUGUAGGGAAACCUUAUGAAUGUAACCAAUGUGGGAAGAUUUUUAGAGAAAAGACAUUACAUAUUGGACAUCACAGAAUCCACAGUGGAAGGAUAUCUUAUGAAUGUAAUGAGUGUGGCAAGACUUUUAGACAUAAGAACAGUCUUAUUGACCAUCAGAGAACCCACAGUGGAGAAAAACCUUAUGAAUGUAACCAAUGUGGAACGGCUUUUAGAAGCAAAGGAAAUCUUAAUGGACAUCAGAGAAUCCACACUGGGAAAAAACCUUAUGAAUGUAAGCAGUGUGGAAAGGCUUUUAGAAGGAAGGGAAAUCUUACUGACCAUCAGAGAACCCACAAUGGAGAAAAACCUUAUGAAUGUAACCAAUGUGGAAAGACUUUUAGAGAAAAGAGAGCUCUUAUUAGACAUCAGAGAACCCACACUGGGGAGAAACCUUAUGAAUGUAACCAAUGUAGAAAGGCUUUUAGAGAAAAGAGAGCUCUUAUUAGACAUCGGAAAACCCACAAUGGGGAGAAACCUUAUUCAUGUGACCAAUGUGGGAAGACUUUUAGAGAAAAAAGAGUGCUUAUUGGACAUCAGAGAAUCCAUACUGGAGUGAAACCUUAUGAUUGUAAACAGUGUGGAAAGGCUUUUAGAAGCAAAGGAAAUCUUACUGGACAUCAGAGAAUCCACACUGGAGAGAAAUCUUAUGAAUGUGACCAAUGUGGAAAGGCUUUUAAAACCAAGGAAGGUCUUAGUGGCCAUCAGAGAAUCCACACUGGAGAGAAACCUUAUGAAUGUAACCAAUGUGGAAAGGCUUUCAGAAGCAAGGGAAGUCUUACUGGCCAUCACAGAACCCACACUGGGGAGAAACCUUUUGAAUGUAACCAAUGUGGAAAGGCUUUUAGACAAAAGUUAGGUCUUAUUGGACAUCAGAGAAUCCACACUGGAGAGAAACCUUAUAAAUGUAACCAGUGUGGAAAGACUUUUACACGACAGGGAGUUCUUAGCAGACAUCAGAGAAUCCACACUGGAGAGAAACCUUAUGACUGUAAGCAGUGUGGAAAGGCUUUUAGACAUAAAGAAAGUCUUACUUUUCAUCAGAGAAUCCAUACUGGAGAGAAACCUUAUGAAUGUAACCAGUGUGGAAAAGCUUUUAGAGAAAAGAAAGGUCUUACUGCACAUCAGAGAACCCACACUGGAGAGAAACCAUGUGAAGGUAACCAAUGUGGAAAGACUCAGACAGAAGCAAAGUCUUUGUACACCAGAGAAUCCACACUGCAGAAAAAUCUUAUGAAUGUCAGCAAUGUGGGAAGUGUUUUUUAAAAAAGGGAAGUUUUUGAGUGGAUGCCCAACAGUUGGAGAAUUGCUGAAUAAGUUACGGUAUAUAAACAUUAUAGAAUAUUCAAUAAGAAAUGGUCAUCAGCAGGAUGAUUUCAGACAGGCCUGGAAAGAUUUACAUGAACUGAUGCUAAAUGAUAUUGGAGGACUUCCGGUUAAGAUGGCGGAGAGGAGGCUCACAGUUGCAUAAGCUCCGCGCUUUCUCUCACUAUCCACUUCAUUACAAGCCUCUGAAUCAAUGCUUGACUGAAAAAAACCCACAAAUAGUUACCAAGAGAAGCCAUCCUUGAGAUCCGCCAAGAAAGGUCUGUCUUUACUGGAGGGCUGGGGCGGUUUUAGAUCGGGCGCAGGCUGAGGGCAGCGGCAGUGAGAGCACAGGAGCAGAGCUGAGAGGGGGUGGGGAGUGAUCGUAGCCGUCUCUGCGGGGAGAGCUUCGCUACAGGUUUGGAACCUGCAGCAAGUCAACAGCCCAGCAGAGAAGCUAAAAACACCGGGGCUGAAGAACACAACCCCAAACAGCUGGAGUCUCUCAGGACCUGGC